AUGGUUUGCUGCACGUGGGGAGCUAAAGUGUUCAGAAUACUGGAUGAUCUUGCGGAAUUUCAAGACCUUGAACAUGAUUUUGCAAAAUUUCUAGCAUUGUUUCGAACAGCAUUGAUUGACCUCGGCAGUGAUGCAGAAAAGGAAUGGUGGAAAGAUGAAGAUCCAGUAUUGACGAAAAUAUUAACGGAUGUUGGUUUGGCAGAAGAAGAGAGCAAUGGCGAAGGUGAUGAAAUUAGUCGAACAAACGCGACCGAUGAUGACAGUGACAAUGAUCUUCAUAUAACUGAAGAAACUGCUUAUGAUAAAUCUGUCACAGAAGGCACGGGCAAAAAUAAAGUGACAAAAACAGAUAGAAUUAGUGGCACAUCGUAUCAUGAUGUAACUAAAUUAGCUCGUUCACUAGACGAACAAAAAGAGUGUUUGAAGAACGGAAAAAUCAACGAUUUAGGAUAUAAAUGUGAACCACUAUUUGGUGAUCUGUUUACUUAUAAAGAUUACGUUCUCGAUACACUGCAUAUGAAAUUGAGAAUUUUUGACGUGCUCUUAAAAGAUAUUUUAGCGCAUGCUUCGCGCACCGGCCAAUAUGGAGCCGCCCACACAGAUUUUAAAUGA